UGCGGUGCAGUUUUUGAGGAGCGGGGUUUUGAAGAAAACAGCGUAACGGUUCCAUAUGGAGGUGCCGCUUUACGAGACGCGACGUCACGCUUCCAAUUACCAUCCUCAACAACAACAAAACCAACACCAACAGGAAAAUGGAGGCGCUAAGGCUAGCUUUCUCUCCUUGCUUUCUUCUCGAGGCGUUAGCCAACUAAAAGAGAAAUGGACUGAAUAUAAUCAACCAAAGAGACUCAGAAGAUUGGUGUCGCUGUUUGUUUCCCCUACUGCCAAACAUGUCGCAGUUGCCGCGGGAAAUCGGAUAACGAUUCUGCGUAAAGAGGAUGAGUAUCGACAUCCAUGCGCUGUUUUCACCAAUUCCAGCUUUGGUACAUUUAGUGUAGGAGCUUGGUCUGAGGAUGAUGACGUUCUUGGAGUUGCUGAUGACUCUGAUACGUUGUAUUUUAUCAAAUUCAGUGGCGAAGUAGUGGCAGAAAUUACGAAGAAGCAUUUGAAACUGUCUUCACCAGUCGUUGGUCUAUUUUCGGAUGACGAUUUUGGCGCACACGAGUCUUACUUGUGUAGGUUCUCUGUUGUUACAUCGGAUGGUUCACUUCAACAAAUCGAGAUCAGUCAUGGACAAAGUGGCUCUACCUUUCCCAAGUACAUUUCUAAUCACAGGAGUCAGAUUUGCGACACUAUUUUCUGCUUUGACCGCCAUAUUGAACUUAACCUUUUUGUGGCUGUUCACAAGAACUCUGGUAUCUCACAUAUAUCCAUUUUAGGAUCUUUCCAUAUUUCUCUUUUGCACAGAAAUUCAAGUACAGAACUGGAGCAGUUGUUCUCUUUGCAAUUUGAGGGAUUAUAUAUAAAGCCAAAAGGCUACAGAGGUCAACUGACAUUUCCAAAGGUGCUAAUCUCACCACAAGCUACAUUCAUUGCUACUCUGGAUUUGACAGGGAGCUUGCAUAUUUUUAAGCUGGACAUAGAAGGCUUUACACUCUCCCAGAUUGCCCUGGGUGAGAGAGAUGAUUCACAAACAUUUGAUAAUUUAUCAAAUGGAGGAAGCAAAGCUUUUUUGGAUUUUACUUGGUGGUGUGAUCAUAUCCUUGCCAUUAUAGAUAGGAAUGGUGUGGUUAUGUUCGUUGACAUCCUUACUGGUUCUAAAGUUCCAGAAGAGGAUCCUGCAUAUUUUUUACCUGUGCUUGAAAGAGCACAAAGAUAUAAGGGCCGUGUUUUCCUUUUGGUGAGUCUAUCAUCCAAAGAAAGAUAUAAUCCUUCUGAUUUUGGAUCAAUGGAAGAGUUGCAUCAGACAGAGUGGAUAAUUGAAGAUAGGCUUAAUCAAUUUCACCUUUCUAGGUUGCUCUGGCACCUUGUUUCAUUUGCUGAAAAAUCUGUCCCUGAAAUGUAUGGUAUAUUGAUUAGCAAGAAAAGAUAUGAGGAUGCUCUGGAUUUUGCUGAUAGUCAUGGAUUAGAUAAAGACGAAGUUCUGAAGUCACAGUGGUUGAAUUCUAGCCAAGGAGUAAAUGAAAUAAAUAUGUUUUUGUCAAAUAUUAAGGAUAGAGAUUUUGUACUUUCUGAAUGUGUUGAUAGGAUUGGACCGACUGAAGAUGCUGUUAAGGCUUUACUGGCUUAUGGCCUACGCAUUACUGACCAUCAUAGAUUCUCAGAAGUUGAUGAUGAUAAUUCUAGUCAAGUAUGGGAUAUUCGUUUGGCCAGACUUCAAAUUUUGCAAUUUAGAGACAGGCUGGAAACAUAUCUUGGAAUAAACAUGGGCAGGUUUUCUAUGCAGGAAUAUGGCAAAUUUCGCAUUAUGCCUAUUAAUGAAGCUGCUGUAGCACUGGCAGAAAGUGGAAAAAUUGGUGCGUUGAACUUGCUCUUCAAGCGUCAUCCAUAUUCUUUGUCUCCCUUUAUGCUGGAAAUUUUAGCUACCAUCCCAGAAACAGUUCCUGUACAAAUGUAUGGACAACUUCUUCCUGGGAGGUCUCCAUCUGGUGUUGCUGUGAGGCAGGAUGAUUGGGUUGAAUGUGAGAAGAUGGUUCACUUCAUCAAUACAUCAGUUACAAACCAUGAGAUUCAAAUCCAAGUCAAAACUGAACCUCUUGUUAAGCAUUUUCUUGGAUUUCAUUGGCCAUCAAUUGAUGAGCUCUCAAAUUGGUAUACAAAUAGAGCAAAAGCUAUGGAUAAUUUUAGUGGGCAGCUGGAUAAUUGCCUCAGCCUACUUGAGUUUGCUCUUCGCAAAGGCAUAUCUGAGUUGCAGCAGUUCCAUCAGGAUGUCUUAUACUUACAUCAAAUUAUUUAUUCUGAUGACAAUGAUAGUGGAAUGAGCUUCAAUAUGAGUCUUGACGCGUGGGGAGAAUUGUCAGACUAUGAUAAAUUUAAAUUCAUGCUUAAGGGAGUCAAAGAAGAAAAUGUAAAUGAAAGAUUACAUAACAGAGCCAUUCCAUUUAUGCGUGAAAAGUUUCACUGGGUAUCCUUAAUUAGAGAUGUCACUCUUUCUGAUCCUACAUAUCAAAAUACAGAAGAAUCAUUUCUUGUCAGAUGGUUGAAGGAAACUGCUUUGGAGAAUAAAUUAGACAUAUGCUUGGUGGUAAUUGAAGAAGGGUGCAGAAACUUCCACAGUAAUGACUAUUUCAAAACUGAGGUUGAAGCUGUUAAUUGUGCUUUGCAAUGCAUAUAUUUGUCCACAGUUACAGAUAGGUGGAGUAUCAUGACAGCCAUACUGUCUAAACUUCCUCAACUACAUGAUGGUGCAAUUCAAGUUGAGAAUCUUGAGAGAAGACUUAGAAUUGCUGAAGGUCAUAUUGAAGCAGGGAGGCUUUUGGCAUUUUACCAGGUCCCAAAGCCGUUAAACUUUUUCCUAGCAGCUCAACCAGGUGAAAAGGGCAUAAAACAGAUUAUUCGCCUUAUUCUUUCUAAAUUUAUUCGCCGUCAACCUAGCCAAUCAGAUAGUGAAUGGGCCAGCAUGUGGCGUGAUAUGCAGUACUUGAGGGAAAAGGCAUUUCCUUUUCUGGACCCAGAGUAUAUUUUGACUGAAUUUUGCAGAGGACUGCUUAAAGCUGGGAAGUUUUCUCUUGCACGAAACUACUUGAAGGGUACAAGUUCAGUUGCUUUGGCAUCAGAGAAGGCUGAAAAUCUUGUCAUUCAAGCAGCUAGGGAGUACUUUUUUUCAGCUUCAAGUCUUUCCUGUUCUGAAAUCUGGAAGGCUAGAGAAUGUCUCAAUCUAUAUCCAAGUAGUGGAAAUGUGAAGGCAGAGGCAGAUAUUAUUGAUGCACUUACUGUUGAACUUCCAAACCUUGGAUUGAAUAUUCUGCCCAUGCAGUUCAGGCAAAUAAAAGAUCCUAUGGAAAUUGUAAAAAUGGCAAUCACAAAUCAAUCUGAAGCAUAUUUUCAAGUUGAUAAACUUAUUGAGGUUGCCAAACUUCUUGGCUUGAAGUCUGCUGAUGAAAUAUCAGCUGUUGAGGAAGCUAUUGCUAGAGAAGCUGCAGUUUCUGGUGAUUUACAAUUGGCCUUUGAUCUUUGUCUUGGUUUGGCCAGAAAAGGACAUGGUUACAUAUGGGAUUUAUGUGCUGCUAUUGCAAGAGGUCCUGCCCUUAAAAAUAUGGAUGUGGACUCUCGAAAGCAGCUAUUAGGGUUUGCUUUAAGCCACUGUGAUGAGGAAUCUAUUAGUGAGCUUCUCCAUGCAUGGAAAGAUCUAGAUAUGCAAGGCCAGUGUGAAACAUUGAUGAUGUCAACAGGGACAACUCCUUCAAAAUUAUCAGUGCAAGGCUCAUCUGGAAACUCACUUCCAAAACAAAAUUUUCAAAAUAUACUAGAUAGAAAUGGUUGCUUUCAAGAGUUUGAUGGUAAUAGUGCUGACAAUCAGGAUGUUCAUCUCGAGAAAACUAGAGACAUUCUUGCCAUUGUUGCAAAAACCUUGGCUAUUGGAGAUCGAACAGAUUGGGCAUCAAGCUUGACUGAAAAUGGGAAAGUUCUGUCUUUUGCAGCUUUACAGCUCCCUUGGUUGCUUGAAUUAAGUAAGAAAGGAUAUCAUAAGAAUUUUGGUACUGGAAAGCUGUAUCUAAAUAUCAGAACACAGGCUGUGGUUACCAUUUUGUCCUGGUUGGCUAGAAAUGGAUUUGCCCCAAGAGACAAUUUGAUUGCCUCUAUAGCAAAAUCAAUGAUGGAACCACCAGUCACUGAAGAGGAAGAUAUAAUGGGGUGCUCCUAUCUUCUGAAUCUUGUGGAUGCCUUUAAUGGGGUAGAAAUUAUUGAAGAACAGCUCAAAAUAAGAAAAGAUUACCAAGAAAUUUGUAGCAUCAUGAGUGUUGGGAUGGCAUACAGCUUACUACACAACUCUGGAAUAGGGACUGACCCUGCUCAGCGGAAGGAGCUAUUGAAGAGGAGAUUUAAGGAAAAGCAUGCAUCACCCAGUUCUGAUGAUAUAGAUAAACUUGGCAAGGUACAGUCCUCAUUUUGGAGAGAGUGGAAACUGAAGUUAGAAGAGCAAAAGCGGCUCACUGAGCAUUCUAGGGCACUAGAAAAAAUAAUUCCCGGGGUUGAAACAGAACGCUUUUUGUCAGGGGACUCCAUCUAUAUUGAGAAUGUCAUUGUCUCUCUCAUUGAGUCAGUAAAGUUUGAAAAAAAGCAAAUUUUGAAGGAUAUUUUAAAAUUGGCUGACACUUAUGACUUAAACUGUACAGAGGUGCUAUUGCGUUACCUAAGUGCUGUCCUUGUUUCUGAUGUCUGGUCCAAUGAUGACAUUACAGCUGAAGUUGCAGUUUAUAAAGGAGAAAUAAUUGGUAAUAGUGCCAAAACCAUUGAAACCAUCUCAACAAUUGUAUAUCCUGCAAUUGAUGGGUGCAACAAACUUCGCCUUGCUUAUUUGUAUGGCCUGUUAUCAGAGUGCUACUUGCAACUGGAAAAUACCAAAGAUUUAUCACCAAUAAUAGUACAGGCUGGUCAUGUAAAUGCCAAUCUAAGGUUAGCUCAUUAUUACAAGGUCAUUGAGCAAGAAUGCAAAAAUGUAUCCUUUAUCAAUAACCUGAACUUCAAAAAUAUUGCUGGGUUACAUGGUUUGAACUUUGAGUGCUUUAGUGACGAAGUUUAUGCAUGUAUUGAGAAAAGUAACUUGUCAGCUUUGUCAAAAAUGGUACAGGCUCUUGUCAAUAUAUAUGGGGAUGCAUUGCCUGAGGGUUUCAUGUCAUGGCAGGAUGUCUACAAGUAUUACAUCCUGAAUUUGCUUAGAGUUUUGGAGUCUGAAGUUACAACUGAUUCUAGUAUUAGAACUCCUGAAUGCCUUCAAGGCUUUAUAGCUAAGCUUGAACAGAGCUAUGAUUUGUGCCAACUGUAUAUCAGACUUCUGAGCCAUUCUGAUGCUUUGGGGAUCAUGAAGCAUUACUUCACUGUAAUCAUACCACUCUACAGCUCAUAUGGACUCCUACCUGACAAUUCAACAUGGCAAGAAUGCCUUAUUGUUCUUCUGAACUUUUGGAUGAGAGUGACAGAUGAUAUGACGGAAAUUGCAUUGGAGGAAAAUUCAGGGGAAACUGUGAGCUUCAAUCCACAAUUCUUAAUGAGUUGUCUGAAGGUUUUUAUGAAAUUGGUGAUGGAGGAUAUCAUCUCCCCUAGUCAGGGCUGGGGAAGCAUAUAUGGCUAUGUCAAUUGUGGCUUAAGUGGCGAUUCUUCUAUAGAAAUUUAUAAUUUCUGCAAAGCUAUGAUUUUUUCUGGUUGUGGGUUUGGUGCGGUGGCAGAGGUUUUUUCUGUUGGGUCAUCUGAAACUGGUUCGGAUUCUGGUUGUGGUACAUGCUCGCAAGAUCUUCCUCAUUUCUAUUUAGAUAUUUUGGAAGCUGUUUUGCAUGAAUUGGUCAAUAGAUCCCAUGAGAGCCUGAACCUGUAUCAUAUAUUAUCAUCUUUAAGCAAGCUAGAAGGUGAUUUAAAAGUUAUGCAAUGUGUUAGACAUGUAGUUUGGGAAAGAAUGGUCCAGUUCUCUGAUAAUUUACAGCUGCCCAGUUCCAUCCGAGUUUUUGUGCUAGAGCUUAUGCAAUUUAUCUCAGGUAAAAAUAUUAAGGGUUUCUCUGCAGAAAUACUGGCCAAUGUUCAACCAUGGGAAGAAUGGAAUGAAUUGCUUUAUGCAAGUAGAAAUAGUGAGACUGAUGUUGACAAGCAGUCACCACAUUGCAAAGACUCUUCUAGUAGGUUUACAAAUACUUUGAUUGCUCUUAAAUCUUCUCAGCUUGUGGCAUUAAUCUCUCCUAGCAUAGAAAUUACCCCUGAUGACCUAUUGAAUGCGGACACAGCUGUGACUUGCUUUUUGAGAUUGUGUGGAGAAGCUAGUGAUGAUCUCCACUUUGAUGCUCUGCUAGCUAUUUUGGAAGAGUGGGAUGGACUUUUCACUGCAGGUAAAGAUGGAGAAACCACUGCUGAAGCAUCUGAUGGAGCAAAUGACUGGAAUAAUGAUGCUUGGGAUGAGGGAUGGGAAAGUCUUGAGGAAGUAGACAAUCCUGAGAAAGAGAAGACUGCAGACUCUGUUUUUGUUCACCCUUUACAUCUGUGUUGGGCGGAGAUUUUUAGAAAACUAAUAACGGUAGCGAGGUUUACUGAUGUGCUAAGACUGAUUGAUCAAUCAUCAUUUAAACCUAAUGGUAUGUUGCUUGAUGAAGAUGAUGCUAGCCGCUUAACCCAGAUAGCACUUGGCAUUGAUUGCUUUCUGGCUUUGAAGCUGACACUGUUGCUGCCUUUCAAAACAUUACAGUUGCAGUGCCUGGUUGCAGUUGAGGAUAGCACAAGACAAGGCAUCCCUCAAACAAGGAGCAAGGACUAUGAGUUAUUAAUUCUCAUUUUAUCUUCUGGGAUUCUCACUUCUAUCACCUCCGACUCUACCUGUGGUACUACUUUCUCUUAUAUCUGCUACCUGGUUGGAAACUUAUCCAAUCAAUGCCAACAAGCUCUGGUAUCUGGUAGAGGAAUUAACAAUAGUGAAGAUCAUGAUCAGUUGCUUCUUUUCAGAAGGAUCCUUUUCCCUAAUUUCAUAUCGGAACUUGUGAAGGCUGAUCAACAUGUUUUGGCUGGAUUUCUUGUCACAAAAUUUAUGCACACUAAUGAAUCACUAAAUCUCAUUAACAUUGCUGGGGCCAGUCUUAGUAGGUAUCUGGAAAUGCAGCUACCCCUGCUACAGGUCAACGAGUUCCCUGUUGAGAAAACAUGUAGAACAUUGAAGAAUACUGUUAGCAGGUUGAGAGGCAGUCUGAGCAAUUUGAUUCAAUCCGUAUUGCCGUUGCUUUCUGCUAGUGUUAAUUGUUAAUCGUUUUAAAUUGAUUAUCCCUGCUACCCCUUUUUAUCCAUUUCAGCAUAUUGUUAGUUUUAGGGUAGCAUUUGUAUCAAUUAGGAUGCAAGGGUGGUUUUUGUUGAUAUUACUAUUUACAUAUAGAUUUUCAUUCAGAUAGAGAUGAAUUGUUUGGUCAAAAGAAACGCCAACAAGAGAUUCAAAUUUCCUUUCAUAUAUGUGAAUGUGUAUUAUUUGACUAUAUAAUUCAGUCCCGUUUUUGUUGGCAGUUGCUUUGGUUCAUAACUAAAUGUCUUCCAAGCUGGCGUUGGGACUUGUAUCAUUGUCUACUCAACGAAGAACAGGCGAAAAUUUAAUUGACUUUACCUCCUUUUAUUCUUGAUAUUAAUUUAGGAAGCUACAAAAAAGUUGUUAACAAAAGCUAGUUAUCACAAUAUUGAAUUUUACAAGCUAGUGGAGUUGCACUUAAAUUAUGAGGAUGGAGGAAUUAGUAUCAAAUUAAUCAAAGUGCAUACGAGGGAAAAAAAGGAUUCAAGUUUGAGGGAACUAGUGUUUGCCCUUCAGUAAUAGAAUGUAGGAGCCCAGGAUAUUGUCGCCAUAAACAAGGGUUAUGGAAAAAUGCAGUUAUGGAUAACUACAAAGAAAACAGUGAAGGGAGGAAGAAAAGGUAAUGAUAAUGAGAAAUGUUACCGUGGCAAGUUUAGAGAUGGGAGUGGAGGGAGGAAAGAAAAAGGUAACGAUAACGAGUAGCCAAUGUUUAUAAUGACAAGUUUAGUCACUGAGGUAGUUGGAAACAUUGGAUAGUACAAAAAAUUAAAAUUAUUUAAAUUAGUUUGAGAUUGCGUAAGAUGACGUCGUUUUAAUAUUUCAAAUGUUAUUUAUUAAUAACAAUUAAUGUAUAAUAAAAUUGAAAAUUAAUAAAUUUAUUUUAAAAUUUUAGAGAUUAAUUUUUUCAAUGCUUAUCGUCACAUAGACUAAUCUAGAUUUUACUUUUAAUUUUCUUUAAGUAAACAAAACAAAAAUAUUUUUUAUAAAAAGUAGUAGUAGUAAUAAUAAUAAUAAUAGUAAUAAUGAUAAUAAAAUAACAACACUUAGGUUAUUGUACUAAGUGAGUUUUCUUUUAUGCUAUGCACAAAAAAAUGAGUUUUUAUUUACUUACCGUAAAAUCUUUAAAACUCAUGGGAUGUGAUCUCCCAAGCUGAUGAUGAUAAAUAGAGCAAAUACCCAACACUAACAUAUACUUACGCGCGAAUAUAUAAUAUUAAUAAUUUUAUUAAGUUCAACUUUUAUAACUGAAAUUAAACAUCUAAAAUUAACAAUUUGUUAUUACUAUUUUAUUAUGAUAAAUAUAUAACAAAAUAAUUUUUAUAAUAAAUUUUUAUUAUGUUAAUUACUUAAUCUCAACUUAACUAAAACCGUAAUAUUAUGUAGCGGUUGUUGCUUCUUUUACUAGAAGUUUCAACUAAAAGAUAGCGUUAGAAACAGUACCGUAUACUAUUAAUAUCUAUCGUAGGACAGAAUCUGCGGGAGAACGACGAAAGUAUAACCUUUUUCUCUCUUGGGUGAAAGUGAAAAGUGGAAACGAAACCUGUCACUCUUGUUGUUGCACACGAAUUGUUCUAGUUAAGAUCGUGAAAUCCUCAAAAUGGAGGCGUUGCCUUUGGAAAUCUGUACGAAGAUUUUCGGUUUCUUGGACUACCAGCAUCUUGCUGUUGCUCAACAAGGUCGAUGAUGCCCUCUUCAUUAUCAAAUUGUUGUUUGAAAAAUAUCAUUUUUUUUUCAAUCCAAUUAACAUUUUCUAAAUUUGGAAGUGGUUGCAUGUUCUAUCGGUUGAAAUAUUGAUAUUAGAUCCGAAUUGGGUUUUUUGAAUUCGAUUCAAUUAUUUAUAUCGGCUUGGAUUAUCUAUUCUGUUUUCUAUCUGUCUGAAUUGGCUCCUCCAUAUAGAUGGCAAUUGAAAGUGGUCAUGAGAUGUUCCUCUAAAUUCUGUUGAUUUGUGUGGUUCAUUCUUAUGUUAAUAGUUACUGUCUCUGCCUUUCAUUUAUUUAAUGCUUAAAUUUAUGCAUUUUUAAAUCAGAAACAGAUUGGUGGAAGGCAAUACAGUGAAUAGCGUGGAUGUCUAAUUGAAAUUUCAUGUUCUGUCUUCUGAGACCGAAAUUAGCUAUUGAUCAAAUGGAGUCGAAAACAGGAUUAAGAUCUGGUUGUUAUAUAGUUUCCGUCUUUUGGGAAGAAAUAUAUAAUAAACUGCAACCUUUGUCACAUAUUGCUCAAUAUGUAUCAAGUAAUCCUACCCUAGUUAUCUUGUACAGAUUCCAAUCACUAUUCUCUUAUCAACCAAGUUUGCAACAAUCAUAUACAGUGCUCUGUUCCUUCUGUCAUAUUCUAGCUAUCACCAUGCUUUUCAAGAAACAUGACAAAAAAAAAAAAAAAAUCUCAUUAACUUCUGAAGCUUGGCUAAAUUUUGCUACAUGAUGUUGAUUGGUAUUUUCUGUUUUUUUUUUAAUUAAACUUGAAAUUUGAUGCUUUGAUCAGAGAAUAACACAGAUCAAAAUCAAUUUUAAAGUUUCAUCAGACAUUUGAUGUGUGCCGCUUCUUCUACGGAUACAAUUGAAUCAAAUUACAAAUUUAGAUUAGGUCCACAAGAAAAACAUGUUGGAGUGAUACAAUUUAAGAAGUGUAUAUUUCUAGAAAAUAAAAUUUUUUAUUAGUUGAUGGUAAUGUUUGAAGCUUCUUAAGGUUGUUACUUUCCAU